AUGGAGUCGCCACCAUUGGGAGGAAGCGAACCGGAUCUUCGUGCAAUUGGUAGGGCCAAUUUCCUUCCCGAGUCUUCGCCUUCUGUGACUUUGCGAGAUUAUGAGAUUGAGGAGCCCUCGGAGGCAUCCUAUGCUAGUAACUUCGCUGUACCCAACGACAGACGCUUGCCCCCGGCGGAAGGCCGACAAUCUCCAGUGUCCGAGCUCGCUGGCAGUACGGAUCUGUCCUUAUCUAGAAUCAUGAAGAAAGAACCUCUCUUCGUAGUGCCCCCGGGAUUUCAUCCGAACUCGACCUUUAUAGGAAUGCUGAAAGAGCUUGAAGUCCUUCAUACGCGAUUGUUCAAGGUCAAGAAGCGAUCAAAUGGUCUGUCGUCCGUUCUGGUCUCUGGGGUGCCCGGCUCCGGAAAGACUCACAUAACACGCGAGUAUGUUUGGCGCCACCGAGAGGACUAUCCCGGCGGUGUCUUCUGGGUCGACGCCAAAUCUCUCCAGUCCAUCUUCAAAUGUUUCUGGGACAUUGCUGUGGCCGCGGCACUGACCGACGGCGAAGACUUCCCGGAAAUAGACGAUAAGAUCACUCAGAAAUAUGUGGAGUUGGUUCGCGCCUGGUUUCAAGGCCGUGAGGGCUGGCUGCUGAUCUUCGAUGGGCUCUCAUUUGAUCAUGAGAACGACCUCAACCACUUCAAGCAGUUUCUGCCCUUCAACAAGCAAUGUAGCAUCAUUUACACCUCUGUUGAUAGGACAUUGCGCAAGAAACAGCGAUUGUACGAGCCCUAUUGUCUGCAGAUGACCCCUUUCCAGGUUGAGGAUGCCUGCAAGCUGCUUUUCAAGGAUCUCGGGAUCAAGAGGCCGUCUCCCGAUCAAGUCCGCAAAGCAGUCGAGAUCGUCAACCACUAUGAGUGUCUUCCUUUGGCCAUUCAUGCCAUCAGCCACCGCCUCAGUGCAACCUCAAAGCCCAUUGAGCGCUAUCACCUCGAUUCUCACCUGACCGAUGAGAAGUUGGCGGAACCAUUCCUCGGCAUCAUGCAUGACCUUUACCGCACGAAUCACUUCGAAGCGUUGAAUCUCAUCAACCUUCUGUCCUUCUUUGGUCAUCAGGUUCCUAUCGGCAUGAUAAACCUAGGAAAACAGGCCCUAGAACACUGGCACGUUGACAUACACGGUCCAAGUAGACCUGGGGACUCUGGAGACAUUGACACAACGCUGGGCACUCUGAUUCGGUAUGGGCUCAUAGAAAGAACAUCGGACGCCUAUGCCUUGCAAGCAAAGGCCUUGUCUCCCCGCUCCGAAAAGGAUGAAAUCCUCGACAUGAAAGCCGUGGCUCCGGAGUUGUCGGAAUCGCAGACGGAGAGUAGCCAGGACGCCUUCUUUUCCAUCUACCAAAACUCCGGAUCUAUUGAUAUGCUCAAAAUCCAUAGCGUGGUCCAAGGAUUUUGUCGAGACGAGUUGAAGAUCAGGGACAAGGAGAUUAGGAAUAUGAGAAAUCCAUCCGCCGAACCGGAAAGGCCGGUGGCCGGCUACUAUAACUCGUGGCUGGUGGUUGCGAUCCGCGUUUUUAUUCUCUCCUAUGAGAACGCACAAAAGCGGAUGAAUCAAGCCGAUGAUUAUGGCCUGGUUAAGGAUUAUCGGGAGUAUGAGACGCAUGCCUCCGCGUUGGCCAACAAUUUCCCACGAAGGCUGGUGAACGAACCGACCAUCGUGCAAGAAGCCCGACGAGAUCUUAAGCAAGUCAUGAGAAGUAUCGGCAAGGAGAUUGAACGGGUCUCCCCGAGCUCUUCGCAAGAGUCUAUUCGCAAGUAUCGCUCCGUCUUUGACCGCUCCAGUAGUUCCUCUUCCUCCAUCCCGGACUCCGUGGGAGAAGACGGACUGAGUCGCCACUUCACAUGGGAUCUAAAUGAAAUGACGCCGCCGCCGGUGGAAUCGCCAAAGGAGAUGAGCCCGCCUUCCACCCACUUCAAUCUGGAUCCUUUCGUCCCGCAUAUUUACCGAGAAAACAACGCGGCCAAGGACAUCGGGUAUGAAACGGAUGGAGAAGGUGCGAAGCCAAUGACUCGCGGAUCGCCGGCACUCUCGCAAUUGAGUCAUUCGACGGCAAAACCCAAAUCGGAGCAGGCUUCGAGUCCUCCGCAACAAUUCGACGACCAUGGUUGGCAAGUAGUGGAGAAGACGCCCAAGCCGAAGCCAAGCAAGGAAAAAUUGCCAAAAAGACCCCCGUUUCCCCGGAAAAUCCGGGGUCCGAAGCUAGCUGCGCCCGUUCUUAAGGUGUUUCCUGUCGAAGGGAGAAGUGCAUCGACGGGUGUCGUGGAAAGGGCCCGAACGAGUUCGCUGGUAUCUGCUUCCGAAUCUCUCUCCGCCGUGCAUCAUGCGAGUCCCCCUCAUUCUCAGCAAGAUGUCUCAAAGCUGGCGGACGAGCGGCCACUGAUCAAUGACGAGAACGCACCGACCUAUGCUAACGUGGCAGCCAAACGAGCUCAUGAGAUCGGCUCCUCCGCAAAACAGCGAUCUUCUUCUAGUCCUGGCGGGAAAACUCGUCCGACGUUUCUCGGACUUCAGAGCAAAUCCUCCGGAGAUUCAUUGUCCAGCGCCAUCCAUGUUUCAGCUUUUGAAGCCGAGCUCAAACCCGACUACAUGAACCAAUCCACAUACAGUGAGCCGGAACAGGGACGUCUAACACAACAGUUGCAUGCUUUGGACUUGAACAUGGCCCAAGGGUCGCGUUACCAUGCUCGGCAUCUAUCAACUGUUAGAGCGGUUGGUCCUAUCGGAGACAUGUCCGCAAGCACGCCUUCCAUUGUCACCUAUGUCCCAGCGCUGCCAUAUGACAGUAACAUUGAGGUUACCCACGCGCGUCGCCAAAGUGCUGUAGCAAGACCACCAUCCGCCGGUCAGCCGGCGACUAACGUGAGUCCCCUGUCCCAUCCGUCUGCGUUUAUGCCCGGUGUUUCGCCGCCGCCAUCUACCAAGGUCACCGAGAUACCUGCUGGGGGUUAUGCCUCUGAUCCAGCCCCGGAGCCGAUGACACGGGGUCCGUCUGCGCAGUCCCACCAGUCGUGGGCGACAGAUCCAAUCCGCCUUCCCCAGCGAUUUUCACCGAUGCCUUCAACUGCGCAUGCCGCAAUUCCUGCCAAUAUCCACCAUGUUAUGCCGCAUCCGCACGCUGUUUCGGGAGCUGGAAGCUGGAUCGAAAACACACCGUCAUUUCAAUCUCCGCCACCACAGCUGGCGGCCCCAUUCCAGCCGGACCCGAGCUAUGCCGCACAGCAUCAACUGCGAGCAGUCGACCCCCUGAGUCACCCCAUGGUGGGCAUGGAUCGUAACUGGGAAUAUAGGGAGCCCCAACCGCUAUUCAUUGGCGCCCAUCAAGUCGACGUGCGUGAGGCUCGUCAAAGACCAGGAGCGUUCCCAGCCUACGCGGCACCAGCCAUGCCAGGACACCUUGCACCGUUGAGCAUGUACCAUCCGAACUUGUCAGGACCGCUCAUUCCACAUGAGUUGCAGAUGCAGCCUCAGGAACUGCCGCCGAAUGUGCGAGGACGGAGUGGCAGCUCCCCUGUCCAUCCUGCAUUUGAUCGAUUUGGUUGACGAGUAUGAGUUUUUCAAAGAUCAGGCGUCCACAGAAAAUAAGGGACGCCUCAAAGACAGGGAAGACAUGAAUUAUAGAGAAAAAAAAAAGAAAAGAAAAGAAAAGAAAAGCAUCAAAGGGUACGAGAACGAGAAAUGCAUAUAAGAUCAGAGUUUGGAGUUGUGGUUUGAUUUCACUCUUUUUGCCUUUCCCCCUUGCAGGCGUUCUCACAGAAGGCGCUUAGGAAUCAUGUCGAAUUGUUGAUAGACGCAAAGAUGAAAUGGAUAAAGGGCAUAUGAGGUGGCGUCUCUCGGAUUGAACAUUGACAUUUUCAUAUUCACUUGCAUUGUCUGGUUUGUUUUGUUUUGUUUGCCUUAUGCAGGAAUAGGUUGCACAGGUGGGUGGGUUGUUUCGAUCUUUUCAAUAUAUAUGAGUACGUUGGAUGCUAAUGAAGUAUGACGGUCGGCUUCUCUUUGGGAGUUGUUGUUUGUGUGCAUUCCAGCACUUCAGAUGGAGGGAAGGGUGACCAGGAACAAGAGACCGUUCAUAAUGCUAAUCCCCCUCUCAGUCAACUGUUCUGUUCUGUGCUACAGAGGCUUUAUCCGCAACCGUACAGUAGCCCUAUACACUGUAGCUAAGCGUGCAUUCACGUGUACUUCUAACCACCCAGUGGGGAAAACAAAUUCCCUGUGCGGAAGGAAGACAGAAGGAAAGGAAAGACAACGACAUCAUCGACUUGUCCCAGUACCUAAAAACCCAUGUCGAUCCAGCCCUUUAACGAGGCAAUUCACUGGAACAUGCCUUGGUUGAACCGGAUCGGCGCUAUACCUCAUUGGGCUGGCCACUGACCGUUUAUCGACGUAAGAGCUCCGUCGGCCGAUGACGUCGCUGCAUCAUAGACGGUCUUAUAUAGAGGCGAGGAAGGGGACUUGGGUUUGUUUC